UCUCCUGUUCUUGGCUGAAUAGUAGUCGAGAGCCUCCGCCGUCCAGCCUGCUCCGCUGCUUCCACCACCGCCAUCGCUAUGGAUCCCAUCGAUUCCAUCGUACUUCACGGAGAAGGUGAAUUCCUCGUCCAGAGCCCACCGAACAACCUUGCCCAAGACCCCUCUGCGGAAAUCGGCGGCUACCCCCGCCCCUAUGCCUUUGUCCAAGGACUCCGAGUCGUCGGGCUCGAUUCGGACUCCGAUUCUGAAGGCGAAGAUCCUGUCCAUGACGUUGCUUCGGAGGAUACCAAUCGGAGCGGAGAUGAUCUUGGUCCGCCUCUUCAGUGUGAUUGCGUCCGCACCAGGGAGACAGCGAGCGGUGGCGCGGAGGAGGAGGUGGCGAUCGAUGCCUUCGAUGAUCAUGGAUCCCUGGCGGGAUCGAGGUCUUCUCAGGAAGUAGAUGAAUGGAGUGAUUUGGAGUACGACGACGCGCUUGUGACCUUAAUACGAAUCGUAUUAGGAAGAGGGGUUUCGGAAGAUUUCGAAAGUGAUGCUGAUCCCUACUUCUACGAUGACCUUGAGGAGUACACUGACUACGAUAGGACGAGAAACACUCCGACGGCGAAAUCAGUGGUCGACGGGCUUCCCGUGGUCCUCAUGUCAGAUGAGGAUGUGGCCGAUAAAAACACAUUUUGCGCGGUUUGCAAAGAUGAGAUUUUGAUGUUGGAUACGGUGAGGCGGUUGCCGUGCUUGCAUAUUUAUCAUGGAGACUGCAUUUUGCCAUGGCUUGGCAUGAGGAAUACGUGCCCAGUUUGCCGGUAUGUGCUUCCGACCAAGGAUCCAGAGUGCGAGAACUAAAGUCUGCUGAACUAUGGUGCUGAUUCCAAGUUUCUGUUGUGAAAGUCUUGCUCGGUAAGCCUCCAAAGCAAUGAUCAAUUAGGACUAUCGAUCUCUAAAACUAUGUGAAUCAUAUUUCAGUAGUAACCCUUGUUAUUUCAACAAGUUUGCCAUAUAAACUUUGACAAGAUUGCUCAACAUUGCCUCCAGAUCCAGUACUAGUUUUUAUGAUUAUGUUAGUUUUACUGUGAACAAGUAGAUUUGAUCAGUUUUAUGUCGUGUGUUUAGUUGAACAUGUAAUCUUGAUGAAAUAUUUGCAUUGUAGAUUCUAAAUGUGAUAGUCCUGGAAUUGAAUCUGAAACUAUCAAAGACUUGUGUAAAUAUACUUUGAAAAUAGGAAAUUACAUAUUCUUUGGUCUUUUUUCA